GGUUCAUCGGUUCGUGACUGUAGUGUCCCAUCGGCGACUCAUCUGGAAUAAUAUUUCCCAUUAAAUCAAAGAAAAAUGAUCAUUUCCGUUGUCGCAGUUCUCUUGUUAGUUACGACCUGCAGUCUGGCCAGUGAUUAUUCCACCGGAGGUUGGCAAGGAAUCGGCUCAUCGGGUUCGUACGGCAAUAUCGAUCAUGGAAACGGAGCCGCCGACCUCGGCGGGCUGGAUAAUUACAACCAGGAGAGCUUGCAGCAUCAGGAAACAGCGUCUUACGGCUCCUACGGAGGCUCAGGACUGGAAGGCUACGGAGGCGGUCAAGUUGUCGGAUACGGGGGUGGAUACGGUACCGGUCAGGGCAUAGGAUACAGUGUCGGAGGAGGAAACGUCGGACUCCAUGGAGCAAACAUCGAAUCGAACUACGGAGGAGGAUACGGGGGACUAGGCGCAGCUAGCAUCGAAUCCAACUACGGUGGAGGAUACGGGGGAGUCCAAGUGCAGCAUCACCAUGCUCAAACGAUACCGCUGGGUCAGCACAUCGAAGUGACCAGACCAGUCGCCGUUCCCGUUUACAAGGAAAUAGGUGUUCCCGUCGCCCAGGCUGUCGCCAUAGCCAUUCCUCACCCCAUAGCUGUCGGGGUACCGCAACCCUAUCCGGUCCACGUUCCCGUCGCACAUCCGGUACCCGUUCCCGUGGUAAAAACGGUCGCUGUACCCGUCGAGAAGAAAGUCCCGUAUCCAGUGGAGAAGAUAAUCCCAGUGCCAGUUGAGAAGGCGGUUCCAAUUAAAAUCGAGAAGCAUAUACCGGUACCAGUUGAAAAACCGUACCCAAUACACAUCCCAGUUUACAAGCACGUGUUCCACAGAGUCAAGAGUCACGGAUGGAGUCAUCAUUAAAUGCCAUGAAUAAUGAGUCCAUCGCUCGUUUUGUUCUUUGAAACAUUUUUGAUUGUUUGUUGUUUGUUUGUUGUUUUUGUCAUUUAAUUUUUUUUAUUUUUGCUCUUCCCGAUGACUUGUUGUUGUUGUUGUUGUUUAUGUAACUUGAACGCAUGCAUCUCAUUUUUAGUAUAUAUGAUUAGAGCUGCAGGGAUAAUAUUUCGACGAACGUACCAAAGGCGUGAUAUAUCAGGACCGCCGCCUUUCGUCGCCUUUUCAUUAACUCACAAUCAGUGUGUGACGUUUAUACACACUGCUAAGCCAUGACCAUGUUACACACCCGUUCUUUGAAUGCGUGCGUAAUAGCAUAGAUAGUGUUAAGAUACGUAUUAAUUUUGUACAUAUUGUUAUACUUGAUUUACGAAAUAAAAAGUUAAUUUAAAUA